GCGCGCCGCGGCGCUGGGACAGCAGGUUGAGGCGGCACCGAAGCGCCUAAGUCCGGGAGGCCGGCAAGUACCCAGGACAGGGAUGGUCUUGGAGCUUAUGGCCAUGGAGCUGAAGGUCUGGGUGGACGGCAUCCAGAGGGUGGUCUGUGGGGUCUCAGAACAGACCACCUGCCAAGAAGUGGUCAUUGCGCUAGCCCAAGCUAUAGGCCAGACAGGUCGAUUUGUCCUUGUGCAGCGUCUUAGGGAGAAGGAACGACAGCUGCUGCCACAGGAGUGUCCAGUGGGAGCCCAGGCCACCUGUGGACAGUUUGCCAAUGAUGUUCAGUUUGUCCUGAGGCGGACAGGGCCCAGCCUGUCUGGGAGGCCCUCCUCAGACAACUGUCCACCCCCAGAACGAUGCCCAGUUCGUGCCAGCCUACCCCCAAAGCCAUCGGCAAUACCAGGCCGUGAGCCACGCAAAGCACUGACCUUCAACCUUAGAUGUCCCAAGCUGGUCCCCAGCCCAUCUAUUCCUGAGCCUGCAGCCCUGGUAGGACCCAUACCAGACUGCUUUGCAGACCUGCAGGACCUAGAGCUCAGGAUACAGAGGAAUACCGAGGAGCUGGGCCAUGAGGCCUUCUGGGAGCAAGAGCUGCAACGAGAACAAGCCAGGGAGCGCGAGGGACAGGCACGUCUACAAGCACUGAGCGCAGCUACUGCUGAGCAUGCUGCCCGGCUGAAGGCCCUGGAUGCCCAGGCCUGUGCCCUGGAGGCAGAGCUUCGACUGGCUGCUGAGGCCCCUGGUCCUCCUUCAGCUACAGCGUCUGCUGCUGAGCGCCUACGCCAGGACCUAGCCACCCAGGAGCGGCAUAGUCUGGAGAUGCAGGGCACCUUGGCCUUGGUGAGCCAGGCUCUGGAGGCUGCUGAGCAUGCUCUGCAGGCCCAGGCUCAGGAGCUGGAGGAGCUGAACAGGGAACUCCGUCAGUGUAACCUGCAACAGUUCAUCCAGCAGACAGGGGCUGCAUUGCCACCACCUCCACAGCUGGAUAGAACCAUCCCGAACACACAGGACCUUCUGCCUCCAAAUAGAGAAGAACUCCAGGGAGUCCCCCAGAGCCACAUCCUAGUGCCCAGCCUGAGUCCCGAGGUUCCCCCCAUGAGGCAGAGCUCCUGGAGGUAGCAGUUCCUGCCCAAGUAGGGAUCAUGAAGACAGAUGAGCCAGCGCAGCUGGGAUGAGCCACCUGGAUAGUAGGAGAGUGUGAUCACAGGAUUCUUUCCCUAAAGCUAAGAUGUCCUGCGGUUUCUGCUUCAGGGCAGGAGGAGUGCUGGCAACUGUUAUCCUAGUCUCUUUCAAAUCUCCCAAGUCCUCUGAAGAAGUAAUAAAUGGGUACAUUUCAGAACUUAGCAGGCCCCAAAGGCAUGGAGAGAAGUGUGGACAGUGUAUUCACCCUGUGUGUGUGCCUGCUAUGUAUGUGUGCUGCCUUCCUUGCCCUGACAACCUCAAUAAAUUACCUUUCAAAGGUG